UGUUACAUCUGGCACAAAUGCAUCUUCUGCUAGACAGAAAAUAAACUGUGAUGGAAGUGCUUUUCAAUGUCUACUGAAAAAAAAAAUCAAUAUGAUGCAGUUUAAAAGUCGUAUCUAUCAACACUUCUUCAUUAUUGGACUUCUCUUUGUAGUUCCUGAUAUAGCCAUUCCCAACAGACUAAAGACAAAGACAGACCCUUUAACUGAACAAAGGAAACCAGGAGUCUGUGCAUUAGAGCCGUCUAUGUCCUGCUGUUAUGGAUGGAAGAACGUUAACGGUGUCUGCCAACCAAUAUGUAAAAAGCCCUGUGAGAAUGGAUUCUGCGUUGGGGCUGAUCGGUGCUCAUGCAUGAAGGGUUACAAGGGCAAAAACUGCAACAAAGAUGUCAAUGAGUGUGGGCUACCUAUGAGGCCUUGUUCCCACAGCUGCAUGAACACUAUUGGCAGUUACCGUUGUUUCUGCAAUCCUGGAUACACACUGGACACUGAUGGCAAAUCCUGCAUCAAGAAAUUGAACUGCACCUCCCUUUACUGUCAGUUUGGUUGCCAGAUUGAUAGAGAUGGUGAAAUGGACUGUUUGUGUCCUCUAGGGCUCUACUUGGCUGCAGAUAGCAGAACCUGCAAAGACACAAAUGAGUGUGAUGGUCCCUCCCACACCUGCACAGAGCGCCAGUCCUGCAGGAACACUUUUGGGAGUUUCAUUUGUGUCUGUAAGGAUGGAUAUGUCUUGGGAACACUUCAGGAUGCAGUCACAUGUCGAGAUAAAGAUGAGUGUCUAACAGGCAACCAUCGCUGCAGCCACCAAGCCAGCUGUGUGAACACAGAAGGCUCCUACACUUGCCAAUGUGAUAAAGGCUACACUGGAGACGGCUUCAGAUGCUGGAAGAGGAGCAACAGACAACAGUCAUGGGCCGCCAUGUACUUCCAGUAUAAGCGCUCCAAACAGAUGAGGCCAGUAUAAAAUCUGCAAUGCUGGGAUGUCUGUUCAUGUUUCAAACAUUUAAGAAAAUAUCAAAUUAUGUGUCAUGAAAUAUGAGUCUUUGGUUUUAAUGGAUUAACCUAAAAUCAGGAAAUAGACCCAAGAACACCUGAAAGCAUGUUACAUUGAUUAUAUAUUAGAAAUACUAUAUUAAUUUGAAGGGGACAGGUAUCAUUACUUAAAACUGAUGUCAGUACUUCUUAAUAUAAUACUGACCUCUGGUGGAAGGAUGGUUUUAGCCCUUAACCAAGGGGAUUUCAUGGAAUUCUUUUAUCUUGUAGAUCUUGGAUAUGUUCACUCAAGUUCUCUGAAUUCUAUAUUUAAGAGUACAUAGUGUGGAAAGACUGAUUAACAUACUUAAGGGAAACCGGAGUGCGCUGUAGCUUUAACUGCGGUGGGAAUGGGCAGCUGCAUCCAGACUCCCUUACUCCAUUCACGUUCACCACAGCAGGUGUCACAUUGGAUCUUCACAGAGAAACAGAGAGCACUCCAAACCCUGGAACUACUUACGGGACAGCUGAGAACAAAGGAACGAAACGGGGGAACGUACAGCCUCGUCGAAUAACUCAGACCACAAUGCCUGGAGAGGGGGAAAAAUUCCACAAACUCACCACAAGAAACGCGAUAAAACCUGCUCUUUUUCAUUCGGAGCUGUCAGAAGGCAUCUAUACAAAGGACACAAACAGAAACAUUUCAGAUAAAAGGUUCCAGGCCCCUUUUUAUGAAGCAGACCUCACACCAAGUUGUAUGUAAUUCCUACCAGAAACCGGUUUAUUUACCAAAAAAUAAGAUUUAACGCCAAGCUUGGCACUUCAAAUAAAAAGCAAACAAGUGGAGGAAGCUAAGAAAGGAAAGGAGGGAGUGAGAGUGAACCUGGGGAGAAAAGGAAAUACACAGCAGUGGAAAGUUUCUCUCUGUCUUUCUAGUUAUUUUUCUCAGGUCUGUUUAUGUGACACUCUGAGGGCCUGUGCAGGAGGACCGAAUGGGCUGAACGCUUGUGCUAAUGGAACACCGCUGCUGCUAUUGGUGCUAAAUUAAGUGUAAACAAUUAAUAUGUAAAUCUAAUUUGGACAUCUGCAGCUACAACAGCUCUUUUGGCCCAACUAUUUAGGAAUUCAGCCCUCAGCUCGGCUUUCAUUAUUUAAAAAAACAAUAUUACCAUUUUCCGAGCAGCUGAGCGAUGACUAGAAGGGCUGCAAAGAGCCAAUGACAAUAAAGAGCUGAGGGGAGGUGGAGGGUGGAGGGAUGAUAGUGUAACCCGCCACCCACGUUGCUGCAAAGAGCGCACGCUCAAAACUUAGGCACUGAACUAUAAAA